CCGAGAGCUGUUUCGCAGAUGGUUUAAACUUGACUUUUGACGGCAAAAUCGUCAUUAUUUCUGCGCGGAGAGUGAGUUAAUCGUAUCAGGAUGUCGGCCCAGGCUCAGAUGAGAGCUUUGCUGGACCAGUUGAUGGGAACGUCGAGGGAUGGUUUCAGUGUAUCUUUGCCAGCCUACAUCUGCAAGGGAGUUGCAGAAAAGCCUCAUGUUCAUCGAGCCGUUUGGGCAAGAAAAGCUUUUCCCUUUAAACUUUUAGAGGCUUGGACCGCAGGAGUGGUACUGAAUGGGAGAGACCUCGCAGAGAUGAAUCGAGACAGAGAGUUAAGUUCACAGACGAUCGCGUCUGCAAAUCGCACCUGCUCAACUGCUGCCCGCAUGACAUCCUCUCUGGAACGCGCAUGGACCUUGGAGAAUGCUCUAAGAUCCAUGACCUGGCGCUGAGAGCCGACUAUGAGAUUGCCUCUAAAGAAAGAGACCUGUUCUUUGAACUGGACGCGGUGGAUCACUUGGAGUCAUUUAUUGCUGACUGCGACCGCAGGACCGAGUUGGCCAAGAAACGUCUCGCUGAGACACAGGAAGAGAUCAGCGCUGAGGUUGCCCAGAAGGCAGAAAAAGUUCAUGAGUUAAACGAGGAGAUCGGGAAACUCCUGGCGAAGGCUGAGCAGCUCGGCGCUGAGGGAAAUGUGGAUGAAGCCCAGAAAAUUCUACAGGAGGUCGAAAAAGUCCGAAUUAAGAAGAAGGAUGCAGAGGAGGAGUACAGGAACUCUAUGCCUGCCUCCAGUUUCCAGCAGCAGAAGUUGCGUGUCUGUGAGGUGUGCUCCGCCUACCUGGGUCUCCAUGACAACGACCGGCGCCUCGCCGACCACUUUGGUGGCAAACUUCACCUGGGCUUCAUCCAGAUCAGAGAGAAGUUGGAGCAGCUGAAGAAAACAGUGCAGGAAAAACAGGAGAAGCGAAACCAGGAGCGACUGAAGAGAAGAGAAGAGAGGGAGAGAGAGGAGAAAAUGAAAAAGCGGACGAGGUCACGCAGCCGAGAGCGCAAGAGGUCUCGUUCUCGUGACCGUGAGCGCAGGCGGAAACGUUCUCGCUCUGCGUCUCGGGAGAAGCAGCGUUCUCGCUCCAAAGAGCGCGACAGACGCCGACGACACCGCUCCCGCUCCAGAUCCCGCUCACGGCACAGCCGAGAACAAUCACACAAAUCUUCACGGGACCGUGAUCGCGAGCGUGACGGCAAGCGCGGAUCGUCUGAGCGGAGAUCAGACGGGCUGAACGGGAGGACAGAAUCUCGCCGCCAUGAUGACAGAGAAGCCGGAGAGAUCUGAAUCAUGUCACUCUACAUACCGCUCACAUACAUAAUGCACUCUUUUAUAUUUAUCGCAUUGAGCUUUGUCCGUAGUAAACUGCCCAUACCUUGUUUCAUCAAAGUCUUUGUAGUCUUCAAUAUCAAAAGUGAACCAAACCUGCAUCAUCCAGUGUCCAGCAAAAGAAAUUAUGUUCUGAGGUUUUUUUCUUUUAUGUUGUUGUUUUUUGGCUUACAUAAUGUCUGUUAUUUUUAGGAAUUGUUUUUUAUUUUUAUUGUUUGUCCUGAGUGGAUGUGUGCAUGUUGAAGGAAGCUCUGUUCUGAGCUCAGUUUUAAUGCCCUUUCUUUAAAUAUAGCUGCAGAAUUCCCCAUAGCAAGAGACUGAGUCUGUUCACUCUAUAUCGGUAGCAGAGGAGUAGACAUUUAAUGAAUCUAAAGAAAUGAAUUCUUCACGGCGUAUUGUUUCGGAUUUACAAUGUACAUGAACUUUUGUAAUGCAGUUCUGAUUCAUGUUGUCUUCUUGCAUUAAAUGGUUUUAUGAAUUAAA